CCUCACACCUGCCUGCUGCUUGCUGCUUGCUUCGACAUUCUUCGCGCGCGCCCCUCGUCACUCUCCCUUGCCCGUGCGCGCUCACACUCUCUUGCACCUUCGCCGUGACUGUGUGUGCCGUGGCCGAGUGCGACCGGCGCCCUCUGCUCGUCCCGCCGCCCGCCCGUCGAGCGCGAGAGAAGAGCAGACCGACUGCUGCGGCAUCACCGCGCUCGCUGACGUAGAUUGCUCGCGUUGGGCCACCCCAGAGCUCCGACAUAUUCACCACCUCCACCUGCGCUUCACCACCGCUCCUCCACGACCUCCGUGCUCGCCCCACCGCCGCCACCGUCGACGCCACGCUCGCAUCACCGCUCCAAGUCCUGCAAGGCACAGCCCGUGGCCCCGCAUUGGCACCUGCUGCCGCCAGACACGCAGACAGCGCACUCAAGCACACUCGCUUGCGCUGUCGCCCCUGCCCCAGCGAUUGACCACAGCAGAUAACACUUGGAGAAGAUGGUGGAAGCUGCGGACGGCGGGAGCCAGCCUACCUGGAAGUUCACGCAGUGCUUUGGCGAUAAAGGCGACGUCGAGGACAUCACAGAAGCCGACAUCAUCUCGACCGUCGAAUUCGAUCAAACGGGAAACUACCUCGCCACCGGCGACAAAGGCGGACGUGUCGUCCUCUUCGAACGUAAUGAGACGAAAAAGACGUGCGAGUACAAGUUCCACACCGAAUUCCAAUCGCAUGAGCCCGAGUUCGACUAUUUAAAAUCCCUUGAAAUUGAAGAAAAGAUCAACAAAAUCAAGUGGUGCAGAAGACAGAAUGCUUCGCAUUAUCUGCUCUCAACAAACGACAAGACCAUCAAGCUGUGGAAGGUGUUUGAAAAGUCCUUGAAAGUGGUGGCUGAGAACAACCUAUCGAACGAGCUCACGCCAGCUGGUACAGGCAAUGCCAACGGCGGCGGUCCCGUUCGAUAUCCCAACCAUGCAUUCAAGAGUGUAGCAGACCUCAAGUUUCCACGCAUGACGCACCACGAUACCGUCGUUGCUGCUGUACCCCGGAGAGUGUACGCCAACGCGCAUGCAUACCACAUCAACAGCAUCUCUGUCAACAGCGACGGUGAGACGUUUAUCAGCUCCGAUGACUUGCGCAUAAACCUGUGGAAUUUGAACAUCCAAGACCAGAGCUUCAAUAUCGUGGACAUCAAGCCAGCUAACAUGGAAGAACUUACGGAGGUGAUAACAGCUGCCGAGUUCCAUCCGGUCAGCUGCAAUUGGUUCAUGUACGCUUCGAGUAAGGGCACGAUCAAGCUGGCAGACAUGCGGCAGAGAGCGCUGUGUGAUGAGCACGCGAAGCAGUUUGAGCAAGAGGAAGACCCUUCUUCGCGAUCAUUCUUCUCGGAGAUCAUCUCUAGUAUCUCAGACGUCCGCUUCUCUCACGACGGCCGAUACAUUCUCUCGCGCGACUACCUGACUGUCAAGAUUUGGGACGUUAAUAUGGAGAAGCAACCGGUCAAGACGAUACCUAUCCACGAGCAUCUCCGGCCCAGACUGUGUGACACCUACGAAAACGACAGCAUAUUCGACAAGUUUGAGGUUGUGUUCUCGGGAGACGCCAAGAAUGUCAUGACUGGCUCGUACAACAACAACUUCAUGAUCUAUCCCUCGGAAGAAGGCAAGGACACAGAAGUCGUCUUGCAGGCCGACAAGAGCGCAUUCAAGGCUAAGAAGGUGGGCAUUCCUACGCCCAUGAACAGUGCCGGUGCGAAGGACGGCAAGAAGGGAUCUCGAGCGAGCAGUCCAGUCGGCGGGGCGCAGAGAAUGCGCAAGGAGACGGACGCGGACCAGAUCGACUUCAACAAGAAAAUCCUCCACAUGUCGUGGCAUCCACAGGAGGACAGUAUUGCUAUUGCGGCGACGAACAACCUGUUCGUCUUCUCGGCUUUGUAGACCUUCGGUCUGGCGCAGAGGCUUGCAAUAGUGGGGGGAAAAGUGAAAGCAGGACGGCAUUUUGCAUGAUCACAGUCAAUCAGAAUGGGCGCAAGUGGUAGUGAUGCGAGAUUGAAUGGGAACGGCAGUACUCUUCCACGGGGAAGGUCGGUACUCGAUCAUGGCGUGUGCUAUGUAGCCCAUCGGUCUUUAAAGCCGAUAUCCUGACAUGAAAAGAGUUGUCGAACU